AUGGACCACCUUCCUCCUCCAUUUGGAAGACCAUGGAAUCCUCCAAUAAUACCAUGCUUUUGCCGCGAGGAGUACAACUGGGAUGAUUUCCUGUCUUACCCGCAACACGAGGGCUGGGACAUGGACGACAUUUUUGAUCCAGAAUUCUGGGUUGAUUUUGAUGAAACGGAGUCCGACAACGGGAUUACAGAAGGGACGGCGCUUGACUUCAUCCAAUCUUGGCUUUUCUUCGGCCUGCUCCGUCUUACCUUCGAUGACCUUGCUCGAUUUGAAGACUUCGUGGACCAGGAUUCAGGAGGCACCACUGUCAUUCACACCAAGAAUCUACUCAAGGUCGCCGAGCACCAUGCGGCCCAACCGAAGAAAAUAGACAGAUUUGACCAUAUCGUUGACUGCCUGCAAACUGCUUCCAGCGUUUACAACACUCUUGUUGUUGCUGCGUCACUGGACCCGAUGUUCUUGCUCUCGAUUGGUCUCACACUGGACUUCGUCUGCAGUUACAACCAGCGAUUGUACGAUCCAAGCGGUUUUCGUAUUGAGUCUAUAUCCAAGGAUCCCUUCACACGAGAACAGCCUGGGAUGGCAGAGUUCGAAGACAGUGACAAACUUGUACCGCUUUUGACCUCGGAAAUGGUGUCAUCUGGGUGGUGCCCCAAUGCGGCUGCCAGGAUGUCACGGUCAAGACUCAGCCUUUCUACAAAGUACGUCGCCAGCACCCUGAGCCCUCCCGACAUCAUGAAGGAUCAUGGAAAGUGCACGAAGAACGCAUGUCAGGCAAAUAUGAUUUGCAAGGAAACGUACAAACACCAACACGCAGAAACGGAAUGCAACUGUGACCUGGUCCACGUGGAUAUGUCUCAGUUAUGUGGCAUUCUGGACAAGGGCUCAAUACCGGUCGUCAAACCGUCUAAUAUCCAGGCUUCCGGCAGGCCUUUACAGCUUGAAGAGUCUACCAAAGAAACAAACUACGUGGCCAUCUCGCAUGUCUGGUCUGACGGUUUGGGCAAUCCGAAGGCAAAUGCGGUGGCUGGGUGCCAGUUGUCCACCAUUUUCCGGGCCGUAAAAGAGCUUCCAGGGUGUGACGGCACAACAGCCAUCUGGCUCGAUACUCUAUGCUGCCCAGUGGAGCCGACUGAGGAGGAGAAGGAGAUGAAGGAGCAACAAAGUUUGAUGAGGAAGAAAGCAAUUGUGAAAAUGAGAGAGACAUACGCACAGGCGAAGUCAGUCCUCGUUUUGGAUAGCCAGCUCCGGGCUUUCUCGUUUGACGACCUUUCACCGUUGGAGUUGACAGUUAGGAUGUUCUGUUCAGGAUGGAUGAGCCGUCUAUGGACGUGGCAGGAAGGUCUCUUGGCGAAAGAGCUCUACUUCCAAUUUUCCAAUGGCCUCCACUGCAUUAACAAGCCUUUGGUAUUAGCCCACGGGAACAGGCAUAGGCCAUAUGAGGUCGACCAAUUGGAUACAACAAAGCUUUGGAUGGCUAUCCGCGGAGACAACAUGUCGUCGAAUGAGCGGGAAACCCACGCUUACAGCGUGUUCAAUAUUGCCCACAGCCUCGUGGACCGCACAACAAGCUAUAUCAAAGAUGAAGCUUUAUGCAUUGGCUCCAUGGCGGGUUGCGAUGUUUCCCACAUCCUUGAUGCGCCGGGAGAGCUACGAAUGUGUGCGUUUUGGAAGAACUGUCCCGUGAUACCCCAGGACAUCAUGUUCUGGCGGGGGCAACGGUUAGAAGAGCCAGGCUUUCGAUGGGCGCCAGCGACUCUACUACAAGGCGGCGGAAGCGAGCUCCAAGACUUCGGAGAAAAUAAUCGGACGGGGGUCCUUCUUGAUGAGAAGGGCCUCCUAAUUGAGGCCACAGCUAUUUUGCUUCCGAACGUCUUGGAUGCACCGCUGUACAGGACUUUCCUUGUUCGAGAUGGCGGAGGAAACUAUAUCUGCCUCGCCACCCGAGAGGUCAACGACACCGAGUCAACGCCAGAAGUUACGGUCUCCAACUACACCUCUAUGGCAAUCUUGUUUGAUCCAGCUACAGAUUUCAACGACAGCAACCGUAUAACUGGAGUACUCGUCUACGUGCAUGGGGAAGAUGAAGGGAUUGUGUGUGCGAGGCGUGGAUAUACUGUAGACGUAGCGAUGCCCCGGUAUAUAGCAUUCAACGCUACAGUUGAAAUGUUUGAGGAACAGAUGAAUGAGCACGCCGAAAAACGCAAGGUGGUCCAUCGUGGCUUGAACACUCUCUUUGAAGGCGAAUAUCAAGCGAUUGGGGGUAGGGUGCUAUCGGAAAGUCAAUACUGGAUUAUUGACUAA